AUGCUUUCCAACAUCGUGUCUCACACACUCCUACGAAAACGGUGUCACCAAGACACACCUUUCCCAAAGAUGCGCUCCGAAGGAGUGGAAAAGGCAUACAAGUACAACACACACAGUAGGCACAGUCACGAGCAAGCGUCGAGGUUCCACUUACGGGUGCGUGUUCCGGAGCACCUGCCUGCAGUGGACCUACAAUCAUGCGCGAAGAGAGGGUUUGCGCGUCGAGUAUCGGAUAUGUGGCUGACGACGCUCUAUAGCCGGUUUCUGAGCUCCAGUGAAGUCGACAGCGCCCCAAGACGAUGGAGAAUGAAGAUUUUUAUGCGUGGUGGUGCACAGCGUCCACCUGGGCAACGUCAUGACGCGGGAUGCGACACGGUUCCUUCGUGGAGAGUGGAUAUUGGGUGCGGGGCUCCUAAUUUGGGUAAAGCAUUGCCUCCAUGUUCAAUCUUCAAUCUUCAAUCUUCAACAGCCAGCGCCAUGCCGACCAAGACAGUCCAGCACCGCUUCUGCAAAAACUCACUUUGCGUGGCUCGAUGCGGCGAGAUAUCUGACGCCAAGCGACAAUCUCGAACGGCCGGGGGAGGCCCGCCCGCACUGGCCGCCACUGAAAGGACGCGCACGCAAUCUGUAAAGGCCUUAGUAGGCGGCUGA